CGACUCAUCCUUUUACAUCUUCCUCUUGUACACAUAUAUUUCGUAGAUAUAGCGUCUAAAAUGGCCGACUCAAUCGCAUCCGCGUCAAAUUCUGGGGCCGAAUCUAUCGCCAUCGCUGCUCGACGAGCUUUUGAGGCCUCUCAGCUCGUGAAUCCUUCUGAACGAGAUGUCGCUUUAAAAGCCAUCAGAGAAACUCUCCAAGCAUCCAAGGAUGAAAUCAUUGCUGCCAACAAGAAAGACAUGGAGGCUGCUGAGGCCCUCGCUGCUACUGGCAAACUCUCAUCUUCCCUUGUUUCCCGUCUUGACCUGGGACGCCCUGGAAAAUUCGAAGCUAUGCUUCAAGGUAUCACCGAUGUUGCUGCUCUUCCUGCCCCCACUGGUAUCGUUACUUUUGCCAAGGAAAUCGGUCCCGAACUGGAGCUCCAUCGAGUGACUUGUCCCGUCGGCGUGUUGCUCGUCAUUUUUGAGGCUAGGCCCGAAGUUGUUGUGAACAUCGCUGCUUUGGCCAUCAAAAGUGGUAACGCCGCUAUAUUGAAGGGUGGCAAAGAAUCCAUCAACACCGCUACCCUUCUCUCCUCCCUCAUCUCUCAAGCUCUCGCCAAGACAUCCAUCCCCCCAGCCUUCGUCCAGUCCGUGUCAACUCGAUCAGAGAUUUCGUCAUUGCUCGCUCAGGACAAAUAUAUUGACCUUGUUAUGCCCCGAGGUGGUAAUGAGCUCGUCAGGAGUAUACAAAACAACACUAGGAUUCCUGUCAUGGGUCACGCCGAUGGUAUUUGUGCGGUGUACCUUGAUGAGAGCGCAGUCCAAGAGAAGGCCGUCAGGAUUGCCGUGGAAUCCAAGAUCGACUACAUGGCGGCCUGCAACGCCGCCGAAACUCUUCUAAUCCAUUCCUCUCUCCUCACCACUGUUUGGCCUGCCGUCGCAUCUGCCCUCAUGUCCAACUCUGUCUGCCUUCGGUGCGACGCUGCGACCCUCUCCGCUUUGCGAGACGCCAAUAUCCCCAAAACCAGCGAGUUUGUCACAGCCUCCUCCCCCGCCGACUACAGCACUGAGUUCCUCGGCCCUACCAUUGCCGUCAAGGCUGUCGAGUCUGUGCAAGAAGCCAUUCAGCACAUCAACUCUCAUUCUUCCCACCACACCGAUUCUAUCGUCACCGAGGACGAGGCUUCCAUGUCUGCUUGGUGCCGAGGGCUGGACAGUGCCAAUUGCUUUGUCAAUGCUUCUACACGAUUUGCAGAUGGUACUAGAUAUGGUCUGGGUACCGAAGUCGGGAUCUCUACAGGCAAAACACACGCUCGAGGUCCUGUGGGUCUGGAUGGGCUGAUCAUCUACAAGUACAUGAUGAGAAGUAGGAAGCAGGAUGGGAGUGUGAUUGCCGACCACGAGAAGGGUGGCAAAGGGUACACGCAUAAGGAUUUGGUCAAGGGCGAGCCUCCUUUCUAAGGAAGGAGAAAAGCAUAGGUUGUAUAGGGUUGCAUAAAGAUACAAUAUUUGGUUACGUUACUUUGCAUAUCGGUCGCUGCGAGCACAUCAGUAUCAGCAAACAAACUCGAUAACAAAAGAUCAGACUGACCUCUUCAGAGCGGCUCUGCGGUCUAACAUCGCUUCAGCAUAUCGCCCUUCCUUUUUCGCCUUUUUUACAUCCCGCCUGUCUUUGUCAGAAAGCUUGACCCUUCCUGCACCCCAUGUCUGAGCUUCCCGACUGGUCAAAACAUCAGCCAACAUUUCAAACAAAAUGAUUGGAAAAGCGACUCACUUCCUUCUCAUCUCGUCGUCUUCAAUUGACGCCGCAGAAGGUCCACUAUCCACCAUCCUUUUCUUCCCUUUCACAUCUUCUCCUUGCCUUGCCUUGUACACAAACUCUCUUUGACACUUAAUUCUCAAACCUUCAAACUCGCCAACAUCGUCAGCAUCAGCUCGCAACUCGGCUUUACCAGCAACGGUGGUUGCCGAAAAGUAUUUGGAGUUGUGUUGUAUUUGAAGGGCGAAAGUGGGAAAAACGGAGGAGGAGGAGGAACGUGAAGUGAUGGGGAUAAAAGCUUCAAGAGGUCCUCGAGAAGGGGUGGUAGCUGUUAGAGAGCCUGAUGGACUCGCGGUGAGGAAUGUCCCUCUAUAG